GCGCCCCAUUUUCUGUUCAAAGUCGUUUGAGAAUAGUCAGUCAUGGCACGUACCAAGCAGACCGCUCGUAAGAGUACUGGAGGUAAAGCCCCCAGGAAACAACUGGCUACUAAGGCCGCUCGUAAGAGCGCCCCAGCCACUGGAGGUGUUAAGAAGCCCCAUCGUUACAGGCCCGGAACUGUUGCUUUGAGAGAAAUCCGUCGUUAUCAAAAAUCCACUGAGCUCUUGAUCCGAAAAUUGCCAUUCCAGCGUUUGGUUAGAGAAAUCGCUCAGGACUUCAAAACUGAUCUCCGAUUCCAGAGUUCUGCUGUUAUGGCUCUCCAGGAAGCUAGCGAAGCUUAUUUAGUAGGCUUGUUCGAAGAUACUAACUUGUGCGCUAUCCACGCCAAGAGAGUAACUAUCAUGCCUAAGGACAUUCAGCUCGCUAGACGAAUUAGGGGUGAACGUGCCUAAGCCAAAAAAAAAGUUGUUUAAAAAAAAAAAAAAAAC